AAGAGCAGGAGGAGGGAAAAAAAAAAAAAAAGAUCCUAGAAAUCCAAAAAGGCUCAUCUGGGAAGGAGAGAGAGGAGAGCGAGAGGAAGCGGGAUGCAACUCAACCUGACGCUGAUCUGCUUCGUCUUCGGGGGGUUCCUGCCCGACGCCGCGGCCCGGCGGGAGCAGAUGGACACGGGGCAGUGCGACCUGCCCCGCUCGCAAGGAGAGCUCAACUCCUUCCUCUGGACCAUCCGCCGCGACCCCCCCGCCUAUCUCUUCGGCACCAUCCACGUGCCCUACACGCGGGUGUGGGACUUCAUCCCCGACAACUCCAAGGCUGCCUUCCACGCCAGCUCCAGUGUCUACUUCGAGCUGGACCUCACCGACCCCUACACCAUCUCUGGACUGGCCAGCUGCCAGAUGCUGCCCCACGGGGAGAACCUGCAGGACGUGCUGCCCCGGGAGCUGUACCGCCGCCUCAAACGCCACCUGGACUACAUCAAGCUGAUGCUGCCCCACUGGAUGACCCCAGACCAGCGGGGCAAAGGGCUCUACGCUGACUACCUCUUCAACGCCAUAGCUGGUAACUGGGAGCGCAAGAGGCCCGUCUGGGUGAUGCUUAUGGUGAACUCCUUGACGGAGACGGACAUCCGCUCCAGAGGGGUGCCAGUGCUCGAUCUCUACCUUGCCCAGGAGGCCGAGAGGAUGAAAAAGACGACAGGCGCGGUGGAGAGGGUGGAGGAGCAGUGUCACCCGCUGAAUGGGCUCAACUUCUCCCAGGUGCUGUUUGCCCUAAACCAAACUCUGCUCCAACACGAAAGCCUCCGAGCAGGUAGUCUGCAAGCCCCAUAUACCACUGAAGAUCUCAUCAAGCAUUAUAACUGUGGAGACCUGAAUGCUGUCAUAUUCAACCAUGACACUUCUCAGGUCCCUAAUUUCAUCAACACAACCCUCCCGCCCCACGAGCAGGUGACGGCUCAGGAGAUAGACAGCUACUUCAGACAGGAGCUCAUCUACAAGAGGAAUGAGAGGAUGGGGAAGAGAGUGAUGGCGCUUCUAAGGGAGAACACAGACAAGAGUUUCUUCUUUGCCUUUGGAGCAGGUCACUUCCUGGGUAACAACACUGUGAUUGAUGUACUGAGACAAGCAGGAUUUGAAGUGGAGCACACCCCUCCUGGACAACCAAUUGGAAAUUCAAGGACAACAAAGACAAGCCCAGCCUUAGAAGGGACCUCGGCGACAGCCCUGCCUGCUGUCCAGCUUUCUGAGCAGGUCCCACUGACUUCUCCUUCCCUGAAGCCCCUGCAGAUGGACGAAGAAGACAGCCUGUCUCCUCACCUCCUGUUGCCAGACAGCAUCAGCCAGCUGGAAGAGUUUGGCCGGCAGAAGAAAUGGCACAAGAAGCAGCACAAACACCAUCGCCAGAGGCAGUUCAAUGACCUCUGGGUUCGGAUAGAAGACAGCACCACCACGUUGCCUUCCUAUAUCAGGAUAACCAACGGCUACAUCACAGUCAAACCUCCCAUUUGGAUUUCAAACCGGCUGGAUCAGAGACCGCGUUCAGAUCUCCCAUCCCAGCCUCAGCCUACAAGCUCAGCUUCAGCCGGCAUUUUAUGGCCAUCAAUAACUUCUCCUCUCUGCGUGGCCAUAGCUUCUUUUCUCCUGAACCUACUGCAGCCUUCCUGACCACAUUAGUAUUACGUGCAAUCCCUUGGAGUAGAGGAGAGAGAUAAUUUAUGAAUGAAUGGGAGGUUAAGACAACAACGGUUACAAGCUGGACCUUCUCAGAGAAUCAGUAGUGCCUUCUAGCUGGUUUUUGUCCUUUUGCCCAGAUACAUUUUGAAACUCUAAAGCUUUAUUGUAACACUGACUUACAUCUUCUUUUUGUAGAAGGAUCUUUAUUUCCCAUAGUGCUAUGGGGUUUUGUAAAAUAUACAUGUUCAUAUAAAGAAAAAAAAAAGAAAAAGAAAAAAUGUAUUUAUUCGACUGGUAAACUUAUUUUUCUUGUUGUAUAUGUUAAUAACAUACCUAUUAAUCAGUAGCGAUGGUGAAACAGAUAAAUUAAUAUUUUCUAUAUUUGUUUUCUAACUGACAACUCUGCAAAUGUCUGAACUGACACCAGAUGGUUUCUUUAAUGAUUACUUUUUACAGCAACUGUCCAAUAAGUACAUUUCUGGCGAAUUCCUUUAUUUUACUUUUUUUUAAUCUCAUUAGCAUAGCUUACACUGAAUAAGGCAGAUCCUGCUCUCUGUGGCCUAUGCCCAUUAGAAAAAUAGGUGCAUUUUUAACUCACGUAAGCUGCUACAACCUAAAAUCCCAGUUAUUUUUAUACGACUUAGUAAGUCAUUAGUCAAGAUAACCCUCUAAGUUCCCCUGUUGUCUUUAACUAAACUAUUUAACUUCUUUGGAAAUUACCAGUUUCCCUCUUUGCCCUGGGAUUAAUUCAUUAGCUAACGCAAAUUAAGACAGCUUUUUCUUAAUAAAAAAUGUCUUUUAAAGUCUGGAAUAAUCCCACUGGAAUUAUUUUCUUCUCUCCCUCAUGUUAGAUAAACACAAGCCUACAAACUUUCCCAGCUUAAAUGAGAACAGAACUUGGUCUGUCUGUAGGGUGUAAAGGUGUAGUAUCCUGUUAACCUAUAGAACUUAAUUGUACCGGUUGUAUUAAUGCAGAUGGACAACCUGGAGGGCAAAAAACAUCUACAAAUUCCUGAUCGUCUUGCUAUUAUGCUGCUUAGAGCUGGUAUUUCCAUGCUGAAUCACAGCUUGGCCAAAAUCUCCUGAGUACCCCAGGAAUCAAAUUAAAACCUUCAUCAUGGAGAUGUACAGAACAUUCCUCCAUUUGUAGACUAUGGUACUUCUGUUGACUCAGGUGGAAACGCUGUGACACCUUACACUCACCGAAAAAUUUGCUGCCCUAUCCAAGCAGCUACUUUUCAUGAAUGCGAUGAACAACAUCUAUGGGAAAAAAAAAACCAUGUCCAUCUUAAAAACUAUUAACAUUUAAUAAAGCAUGUUGAUUUUUUUUUGCCCCCCAACAAAACAUGAUGAAAAAUCCCUUUGGAUUUCAGUAAGAAAAUUAAUUUUGGUUGAAAUAGUGGUUUUCUUUCUAAGUCAUCUACAAACCAAAAAUCCAGAACACAUGAUGAAAACAUCUUAGUUAAAAAAGAAGACUCAAAAAAAUACAAUGCAAACUUUUAUUUACCAAAAAGCGGUGCUUUUUCACCUUGAAAAAAAUACCAGGUGAUAACGAUGAUGAUGAUAGUAAUAAUACUGAUAAAAGUCUGACUGAAAACAGUCAUGUCACUUUCCCACCAGCCCUACAGCAUGGUUGCCAGGGCUGGCGAGAUGAUUCCAUGCAAUCUAAAAGUCUCCACAGUGAGAGACGGUUUAGGAUUCACGGUUUGUUCGUCAUUUUACCAGUUAGUUCAGGAAAGCAGGUUAGGAAAUAAUUAGACUGCAAAAGGCACAUAUUUUUAUUUGAAACCGUGAUGAAAUACCGAGCUUUUCCAUCACACAUCCCAACCCACUGCCUUGCAAAGGCCAGGGAGAAUACAGAUAACUUCUUUGUGACUUACUGGUCGCUAUGACCUCCAGCCUUUGCUCUGUUUUUGACAGAAGGUUGUGUAGAUUUGUGGUCGGUUUAAGUGGGUACAGCAGACAGUGCUAUAAGCCACCCUUAUUUUUUUCCAAGCACAACAGCUGAUAAGGCUGAAUGGAAAACUUUGAGCUUCGCCCCAAAUGUAGGCUUCAAGCACGCCCUGUGCAUACUUUUAUAUUGUGUAUUUUGGCUAGCGGAAGAUUAGAGAUGUUAGUUUUGGACAGAAGCCAUUCACCUUGCAUAAUAUUUAUUGCACGGGGCUGGAUAUUGGAAACAUAUUUUUGAGAACUUUCAUUUCCAUUUUAUUUGAGCUGUUGCCCUAGAAAUGCCUCCAUUUGAAUAUAAUGGCUUAACAGAUCUUCAAAUUCAACCUUAACGCCUUUAAAAGAUGAUUGGCUCUCCUGCUGUAUUCAAGACAGCGAUCAGAACUGAAUUAUAAUGUCUUAUUUACAAAAACAGAACUGGAAAUAAGGUAGGCAAAUCUUAAGGGUGAUGAUAAGUUACAUAGUAAAAGGGAACAGCCAACAAACCAAAAACCAAUGAAUGUUAUUUGUUGUUAUCUGAUCGAAUCCAGCAAUGAUUCUGCGGUACCAUCCCAGAAAUAAUUCCAGGUGCUGGAAAACUUACAGUGUGACUAGACAAGACUGCAUAAAGAUAAGGCAGAGAGAAAAACAGAAAUAACUUGUCCAAAACUGUAAGGAAAAACACCAAUGGGACCAAGACUAGAAAUUACAGUUCUGCAGUUUCCCUACCUGCGGCUUUCUCCAUAAGCCUCUGGGGCUGUUUUUGAAUAUUAGGAGCACACAGGUAUCUCCAUGCUCACAGCUGUCAUUAUACCGCACAGACUAGUCGCUCCGUUGGGCACGGAAGAGAUUUUUUUUUUCCAAUCACUCCUCCACUGGGCGGUACUAUUCCAUAUUCAUUAGCGCAGAUACCGCGGGAUGUUUGACUAUCACAGUAUGUAAAUAGCUUGGAUGUGACAAGUAUGUUUUGACUUAUUUGCGUUUCCUGGCAUUUUGUCCGUAAUUCCCGUGAAAUGAAUGAAUGCUACUGGAGCUCACCCAGUUUCCCUUGCGCUGGUGCUCCCCGCGUUUGUCCCCCUGCAGCGCGGGGGUCAAAGCAAGGUGGCUCCUGGCUUUGGGGUCAACACGCUUGACUUCUGCCACCUAAAAGCACCCAGUUCACCUGGUCUUCUGAGCUUCCUCUGGUUAGGGGAGAAGACACGACUUCCUUCCUUACAAUAAAUAAAAGAUGAAGUAGCUUCCUGUAGGUCCUCGCUCAGGAACCCCACGUGAACGGCUUCAACACAGAUCUCUAAGCAAACGUUUAUUUUUUUUCUGUUGAUUUUACCUUAAGGUACGAGUUAGGGUAACUGUUUUCAAUCUGUGGCUUGUAAGCAAAGCAAUACUAGAAAAUGAGACCCCUCACUGUGAUUGAUAAAAUGGAUUAUUUACUAGCUACAGCAGCCCUGUAUUAAUUAAAAUACACUAAUACUAGUUAGCACAGAUCUGUGCGCAUCCGUUGCUAUGGAUCGUGGUUAUAUUCACCAUGAGUUUAAAAAGCGGGCAUCAGAUUUGAUAACGUGCUCUGGAAGUAACGCUGACUACCAGCUUCAUGGGACUUCAGUUUUUCCUGUGGGUUUCUCGGAAAACUAGAAACCGACUGUUUUCUUUUUCUGAAGGAAAGCUCAGAUUCCCAUAUAAUCACAAGAUUCCAGGACCAGGGUAUUUAACAAAAAUAUCCAUGUCCACUAUAUAUAAUAGCAAACACCAGUGAUACUGUUUACCUCUGAGAAACACAAUCAGGAGAGUCACGCAGUGUCUGGCAAUCAAGGACGUCAUUUUGGAUGAGUCAAAAGCUGAAUAUUCGCAAGGUUGAGCUUUUCAACGCAGCCACAACUGAUACCGAUAGAAUUCACAUUAUCUGUAACUGUAACAUUAUAAAUGAAUGCUAAUUAACUGCCAAGCUCUUGCCCUGGUGGAAUAAAUAUCCCAUACCACCAGCAACAGAUCUAACUUCCACUCUUGCAUUGUUUUAAUGCUUUUCUUGCCUACGUUUAACUGUGGAUGCUAUAUUAACAUGCAUUGCCACUUGAAGAACCAGUUAGCAAGCUGGGACAGAAGGUAUUUUAUAUUUUAUGACUGAUGUAGUUUCUCUGCAAUCCCUUGGGCUGUUGAAUAAUGCAAUACCUCUUCUGGCAAUAAAUGAUGAACAUGAUUUAUGAUAACUAUGCUUUAUACAGGUGUCAAAAAUCUGCUUUGUUGAACUUCCCUUCCCAUUCCUCCAAGCUGGACUGUAAUUUAGGAACACCCAAGGUACAGGGUUGUAUAUUUAUCUAAGUUCUUCAGUAUACAUUUGUGGAGCGGGAGAGAGAUGGAAAGAGAGAGAACUUAAUCUAUGUUUAGUGCAUUGAUUAGUCAAAUUAUAUGACCCAGUCAUUACCAUAUACCACUGCUAGGGAGGAAUUUCCCAUCAUAUAUUUAUGUUAGAGAAACCAAAGUGCCAAAGUUAUUAUCUCAGCAUAAAUGUUAUCAUUCCAAACUUUGCUUAGUACCAUAAGAUAUUUCUAUAUUAUAUCCAAAAAGCAUAUGGGCUUGUCAUAUCUCUCAAGCGAUCAAUGUUCCAUGGAGCGUGCUAGAGUUCAGCUUCAAUUUAAGCUUGGUUCAGCUUAACUGAAGCAGAAAGAUAAUUGCCUAAUUUUGCGAUCAUAGGGUGUAAGAGAGAGCGUGUGCGCGCGCGCGUGUGUGUGUGUGUGUGUGUGUGCAUGCAUGUGUGUUUUCUCCCAACCCAAAUGCAACCUUUCCUGUGAGUAGCUUUUUCAGGAGGCACCUUAACCUAGCUACAGGUAGAGAGGUCUUUCCAAUGCAUAGUCAGUACUUUUUUCUUCUACAGGAGCGAUUAACCAUCCUGCAGCUUCGUGCUCACACUGAAUUUUUAAAUUGCAUGUUUGUCAGUUUUCAAUUCAAAUGUAUUUCAAAUAUUUUUUCCUGUUCCGCCUCCUGCUUUCGUGAACUGUUUUGAAGAGUGUAAUAAAAAGAUGCUUUCUAAUAUUAUUUUGUCAAA